GCGCUGAGUCUCCCCAGAGCUUCUCAGUACUGCUGGAGGAGAGCACGAACAUCGCUGGUGAUCAGCUAUGGCCGUGUUUAUCGCUUGUGGAUGAUGAUUUCACCGAACAUCUAAAGAGGCCUCCAGCACUAUCUGAUCUUGGACGGGGACCAAAUGCCAAUCCACUGAGAAAGGAUUAAAACAGGAAUCUUUCACCUCACCUAAGUAGGUGUGAAUUGCUGGCUGGAGCCAUGGGGAACCAGCUGACUGAUAUCGCUCCCAGCACGCCGUUCCUGCCAAGCUUCCAGUGCCUACACGUGGUCGUCAUCGGCCUCGAUUCGGCUGGCAAAACCUCUCUGCUCUACAGGCUCAAACUGAAGGAGUUUGUGAAAACAAUCCCCACCAAGGGCUUCAACACGGAGAAGAUUAAGGUGGCAGUCGGGGCGUCACGUGGAAUAAACUUCCAGAUUUGGGAUGUGGGCGGGCAGGAGAAGCUGCGCCCGCUCUGGAAGUCUUACACUCGCAGGACGGACGGGAUGGUGUUUGUGGUGGACUCCACCGAGCUGGAGCGGAUGGAGGAGGCCAAAGUGGAGCUCCAUAAGAUCACCCGCACCUCAGAGAACCAGGGAGUCCCGGUGCUAAUCCUGGCCAACAAACAGGACCUGGACACGGCCUUGUCUGUGAGCGAGAUGGAGAAGCUGCUCUCCGUUCAUGAACUGAGCAUGUACACGCUGUAUCACGUGCAGAGCUGCAGCGCUGUGGACGGUCAGGGUCUCCACCUGGGCCUGGAGAAACUCUACGAGAUGAUCCUGAAGAGGAAGAAGAUGGUGAAGCACAACAGGAGCAGAAAGAGAUGAACUACUGGUUCGCACUGUGGACUUUGGAGAUUUACACACUGCUCCGACGCUUCCAGGCUUAAUGGUCCUCUUUAAUGGGAAAGCAAUUUGUGCCAACAAAAACAACAAUUACACACGGCCUGAGGGUCAGGAGAAAUUGAUUUGCUCAUAAUAAGUGAAGCAGUAUCGACAUUCUUUGUUCUGCAAUUGUGCAGCUGUCCUUUGAGAGCUUAUAGAUUUAAGGAAACCUUGAUAGCAGUUAGUCUUCACUAAGUGCUUUUUUUUUUUGUUUUAAAAGGAUUUCUGAGAAGACAUUUGCGUCUUCACUUUAGGACUAAUAUAUGGCCACGUUCCCGUUUGAUGAAGACAGUUUAUAAAAAACGUUCUUCUGUUCUCUGAAAGGCUCGCACAGACUCUGCACCACUAAGUUGCUGUUUUUCUUCCACAGUGUACGGCUCUUUCCCCAAAAUAUUUAUUCACUGUAUAUGUAUUUGUGCUGGACAGAGGCUCCUUUUUUUUUGUAAAUUAUAUGAAAUGAACAGUGUCCAUUGCUCACUUAGCAACAAUAUUUAGUUUUAUUCCCAACAGAGAGCAAUCCUAAGUGCAUUCCCUUCAUAGACACAUAUAUGAAAAUUUAGUUACCACUGUAUUAUAAUAAUAAUGAUAAUGAUAAUAAAAAUAGUGUUUUUACAAAUUGUACAAUUUUUGUAAACUGAAGACUUAAUAAAUCCAAGCACUGUA